CUUGUACUGUCUCUAACGCGUUCUCCAGCAGUAGGUUACCCAUUUCCACAAGCAUGGUUGUUGGAUCGCCGUGAAAUUUAGUUUCAGACGAUUUUUGCACAGGUUUUCGGCGGUUUCGUGUCGAAUUUACCUCCCGCCUGUUUACACCAAGGUUGACCUGAUUCGUUGAUUGGUCAGACGUCCAUCGCGCCAGAGUCAGCUCAUCUUCCUGACCCGUAGACUAAAAUGUAGAGAAAAAUUAAAAGUGGGUCACCUGAUCACCUGUACGUGACCACUAGCACAUCGGUACUGACCAGACUAAAAAGAUCAUGGGGGACAGGAGGCGUGGUGGUCCUUACAAGACCGAGCCCGUCACGGACUUAACAAGAUGGCGACUGAGCAACGUCGGGGGUCGUCAGACCUGGCGGUACUACGGCGAGGGGGAGACACCUGAGCGGGAACAGAACAUGGUGGAGAGGCACGCUCUCGGGUUGGACACGAGUGCCUUUGCGCCGGCCUUGCCAAAAGCCCAAACUGCUAGAGAAGCCGUACGGAACGGAAUGAAGUUUUACUCCAAACUGCAGACUGAGGACGGCCACUGGGCUGGUGACUACGGGGGACCUCUCUUCCUCAUGCCCGGUUUAGUGAUUGUUUGUCACGUGACGAAGGCCCGCCUAUCAGAGCCCCAGAGACUGGAGAUGAUCCGGUACCUCCGAUCGGUGCAGCUGCCAGACGGCGGCUGGGGCCUACACAUUGAGGACCAUUCCACUGUCUUCGGCACGGCGCUGAACUACGUCACGCUAAGGCUGCUGGGAGUUCCUGCAGACGACAAAGACGUAGUGCGGGCCCGCAACUGUCUCCAUGCCAAAGGUGGCGCAGUCGGCAUUCCGUCCUGGGGAAAGUUCUGGUUAGCUGUCCUGGGUGUCUACAGUUGGGACGGCCUAAACUCUCUCUUUCCGGAAAUGUGGCUGCUGCCCUCCUGGACACCUGCCCACCCGUCCACCCUGUGGUGCCACUGUAGACAGGUCUACCUGCCAAUGAGUUACUGCUACGCCGUGCAGCUCACAGCUGAGGUGGACUCCCUGGUCAGAGAACUCAGAACAGAGCUGUACCUUGAGGACUAUGAGAGAAUCAACUGGCCGGCCCAGAGGAAUAACGUGUCCGCCUGUGACGUGUACACUCCUCACAGCUGGCUGCUCAACCUGGCAUACGUUGGGAUCAACCUGUACGAGUCGUGGCACAGCUCCAGCCUGAGACAGUGGGCGAUAGACGAGCUGUACGAUCAUAUCAAGGCUGACGACAGCUUCACUAAGUGUAUCAGUAUCGGACCGAUUUCCAAGGUGAUCCAGAUGUUGGUCCGUUGGCAUGCCGACGGCCCCACCUCUCCCGCCUUCCGGGAACACGCCUCCAGGGUCGCCGACUAUCUCUGGUUGGGUCUGGAUGGCAUGAAGAUGCAGGGGACGAACGGAUCACAACUGUGGGACGCAGCCUUCGUGGUGCAGGCCUUCCUGGAAGCUGAAGCAGAAAAGGAAAAGGAAUUCACCUCGUGUCUCCACCGUGCACAUGACUUUCUUAGAUUCUCACAGAUUCCGGACAACCCACCCGACUAUGAGACGUACUACAGACAAAUGAACAAGGGUGGUUUCCCGUUCAGUACGCGUGACUGCGGGUGGAUCGUGACGGACUGCACGGCGGAAGGUCUGAAGUCCAUGAUGAUGUUACAGGAGCGGUGUCAGGGCGUGCAGGACCCCGCACCCGACCACAGGCUCUUCGAUGCCGUAGACGUGUUACUGAACAUGAGAAACAGUGAUGGCGGCUUCGCUACCUACGAGACCAAGAGGGGAGGGAAGUUACUGGAACUUCUCAAUCCGUCUGAAGUUUUCGGUGACAUCAUGAUAGACUACACGUACGUGGAGUGCACGUCUGCCGUCAUGCAGGCACUGAAACACUUCCAGGACCAGUAUCCAGACCACAGGGCGGAGGAGAUCAGUGAUACACUUAAGAAAGGUUUGGACUACGUCAUGGGCUUGCAGAGGAGUGAUGGAUCAUGGGAAGGAUCCUGGGGCGUGUGCUUUACGUACGGCACGUGGUUCGGACUGGAGGCCAUGGCGUGUAUGGGACACAGAUACGACAUUGGGACCGCCACUGAGGCCGUGACUCGCGCCUGUAACUUCCUUAAGUCUCACCAGAUGAAGGCGGAGGCAGGCGGGGGGUGGGGGGAGAACUUCGAGUCGUGCGAGGAGCGGAAAUACGUGCAGAGCGACACGUCACAGGUUGUCAACACUUGCUGGGCACUGCUGGGCCUCAUGGCAGUCAGGUACCCAGAUCUUAGCGUGCUGGAGCCAGGGGUCAAAUUCCUUAUGGAGAGGCAAAUGGAGAAUGGUGAUUGGCCACAGGAGAAUAUCUGCGGAGUCUUCAACAAGUCUUGUGCCAUCAGCUACACCAGCUACAGAAACGUCUUCACUAUCUGGGCUCUGGGCAGGUUCUGCCGCCUGUACCCCCACAGUGCUCUGACAGGGGGCGCUGCUAAAAGUUAGCAAGGUCCGAACUACACCAUCGACAGUAAACUGAUACCCCUGGCAUUGCAGAGCAAUGACUUUGUUUACGACUUCUGCUUAGUAAUAUUUGUUCAAAUUGUUCGCUUCGUUGAUUAGUUGAGGAGCCUGUGGCAAAUAGAUGUUUGCAAUUACGUUAAAAAUUAAUCUGUUGUCUAGAUUAGACAGCUGCGCUUGCUUUUUGCAGGGAAGCUGAAAUACAGACAUAAUAAUACAAAAUUGACCAGAAAACAGCUAUCAUCUUUUUUCAACUAAUCUGUGCCUGUAUUCAAUUAUUUGGGCUCAAUACCUUGAGUCAUAAGUGAUUUGUAGAAUUUGUUGUUGUAAGUUUAUAUACAACAGCCGCUACAAACUCUACUUCAUUCCUAUAGCUACUCCACCUCUUUUGUGGAAAUUCGGACCAAAGGGUAAGGCAAAAAGGUAAGAGGUGUAAAAGAGAACCGUUUCAAUAUUCUUUAUUGAGAAAACUGUAACAUAAGAGCAAUAAAGGUAAGCAUUGCUGUAA